AUGGCGAUCAGCGCCUCGAUCGCACUGAGGGUGGUUGGAAACCACGCCAGACCUCGACAUGUCUCCCGAAUUCUCGUAAAUCCAACCGGGUCUUCACUUUUACACAUGAAUACAACUCGCAGCAUCUCAACCUCCCGGACAACCCCAGCCGCCGUCGCGGCCCAGCACAUCACCACGCCGAAAGACCCGCCCAAUUUCUCCCCGGAGUUCACGUACGGUGCGUACCAGGAGACCGGCACGCGACCGGUCAAGCGCAUCCGAUACCCGAAGUUCCAGUCGCUGGAGAGCGAGCGGGCGUUUCGCAAGCUGCACCACGCCGUGGCGCUACGGUGGCUGGGCUACCAGGGGUACAACAACGAGGGCGCGGGCGGCCAUGUCACGGUGCGCGACCCUGUGCUGCCCGACCACUUCUGGAUCAACCCGCACGGCAAGUCGUUCUCGCACAUGACCCCCGACGAUCUCGUCUUGAUGAACCCCCACGGCGAGGUCGUAGAGGGCGGCAACAUGCACAGCGUCAAUCCCGCUGGCUGGGUCAUCCACAGCGCCGUCCAUGAGGCUAGACCCGAUGUUGUCGCCGCCGUCCACUGCCACAGUGUGCCCAGCAAGGCCUUUUCGGCGUUGGGGUGUUAUAUCGAGCCCAUUAACCAGGACGCUUGCCGGUUCUACCAAGACCACGGCCUCUACUCUGGCUUCGGUGGGAUCGCCUUCAAAGCCGACGAGGGCCACCACAUCGCCGCGGCGCUGGGCAACACCAAGGGCGUGAUCCUGCAGAACCACGGCCACCUGACGGUGGGCAAGACGGUCGACGGCGCCGCGUUCCUCUUCGGCGCCAUGGACCGCUGCAUCCAGGCCCAGCUGCUCGCCGACGCCGCCUGCGCGGGCCGCGGCACCACCACCAUCAAGGUCGCCCACGAGGAGGCCGAGUACUCGCGCAACGUGUACAAUGACGAGAUGGUCUACAUCAUGUUUCAGUCUGCGUAA